UUCCUUGAUUCCUUUUUUUUUUUUUUCCUUCUUUCGUCGAUUUCAAUUUCGAUUUCGCCUUGCCGACGACGAUUAGCUUCCUGAUAAACCAUCUCCGACCACCGCAACAUCACGAGUCACGACGGAUCGCGCGAGCUAACUCCACAAAGCUCCAUUACAUUUCAAUUCUCUUUCGUUAGAGUCUAAAUAAUUUGAAAUUGAUCUGCUCUUCAACAGCAGUGUAGAUCCACCUCCGAUUCGUUUCAUCUCCUUACCUGAUACUGCCGCUUCGUUGUUUCAAAUUGGGCUCAAAAUGGUUUAUCACUCGAGUUUUGUGGAAGAAGAAGGGAUAACAAAGGCAUGUGGUUGUCCACUGCUUCCACUUAAGAGCCAUAUAAAAGGUCCUGCACCAGUUUCAGAACAAGAUAAAACUGAUAUAGUGGACGAGGCAAUCACCUUCUUUCGUGCGAAUGUCUUCUUCACAAACUUUGAUAUCAAAAGUCCUGCUGAUAAGCUCCUUAUUUACUUGACGUUCUACAUAAAUGUGGCGUUAAAGAGGCUCGAAGGCUGUAGAACGUUGGCUGUAGGAACUAAAGCCAUUAUUAACUUGGGUUUAGAAGAUAUUCCUGUUCCUGGAGAAACUGGCUUUCCUUUCCCGGGGCUCUUUUCGCUUCCUCAGUCCCAGGAUGAAGCAGAUCUUUUCAGGAACUAUCUGAAGCAAGUUCGCGAGGAGACGAGUGGGAGGCUACUGAGUGUAGCGUAUAGAGCCAACGGGACACCAAACAAAUGGUGGCUUGCAUUCGCCAAGAGGAAAUUCAUGAACGUGGUCCUCCUAUGAUAAAUCUAGUAUCACUGUUGGUUUCUCUUCCUUGCUUGCUGUCCAUUUCGAAUGAUGAAUACCGAAGCCACUGGAGAUCAUGAGCAUCACCACUUUUAGCUUCCUUUGCAUAGGUGUUUAGCAAGAAGACAAUUCCAUCUGCGAGCAGAAAGCUCUCUCUUUGUCUCUGAAUAUAUAUACAUAGGGUGUGCCAAUGUAUUGUUUCAUACAACUCCAGUUGGAAUCUAAAAUUUGUUGAUACAAAGAUCACAGUUAAAUAAGAUCAUUUUAUUACUACUUUA